ACUCAAACAAAUCCUACUCAAAUAUCCUCAAGAAAAGAGAAAUAAAAAUGGUAGCCAAAAAUAGUUCCUUAGCUAUCAUUUCCUCCAUCUUAGUUCUUGUUGUGGCCAGUUCAUUCCCACAACUCAGUUCCGGCCAAAACUGUGGGUGUAAUGGACUGUGCUGCAGCAAGUGGGGCUACUGUGGAACCGGCAAUGACUACUGUGGUUCCGGCUGCCGGGAGGGUCCUUGUUACUCCUCCGGCGGCGGCGGUGGCGGCGGUGUUGCUUCAAUAGUGAGUGAUGCUUUCUUCAAUGGCAUUGCUAAUCAAGCCGGUUCGUGGUGCGAGGGAAAAGGGUUCUAUACUCGAUCAGCAUUUCUUAGCGCCGCGAGUUCGUAUCCUGCAUUCGGAACUACUGGUUCUACCGAUGAUGCUAAAAGGGAAAUUGCUGCUUUCUUUGCUCAUGUCACUCAUGAGACUGGGCAUUUUUGCUACAUAAAUGAGAUAGACGGCGCAUCAAGAAACUAUUGCGACAGUAGCAAUACACAAUAUCCAUGUGUGCCCGGAAAGGGUUAUUUUGGAAGAGGUCCUAUCCAAAUUUCAUGGAACUACAACUAUGGUGCUGCUGGAAAUAGCAUCGGAUUCAAUGGUCUGAACAAUCCAGAAAUUGUGGGCCAAAACAAUGUGAUAUCAUUCAAAACUGGGUUGUGGUUUUGGAUGAACAAUUGCCAUUCAGUCAUCAAAUCCCAGGGAUUUGGAGCUACAAUUAGGGCAAUUAAUGGAAACCUUGAGUGUAACGGCGCAAAUCCGGGAACUGUUAGUGCUAGGGUUGGGUAUUAUACCGAUUAUUGUCGCCAACUCGGUGUUGAUCCCGGUCCCAAUCUCAGAUGCUAA